GUCGUAAUCAAAUGAGAGCAAGCGUAUGGACCUAUUUCACGCCGGUGCAUCCCUCAGCACACCACGGCCAACUCUGUCUCCUACCACCACUACCUCCUUUUCAACUCAUGGAUACUUCAGGGAAUAAGGGAGAGCCAUCUGGAUCCUAUAGCCAGGGAUUCAACUUUUCCACACCAUCUGUCCAGAAUCACAUAUACGAGCUCGCUAGGACACUGCCUCCUCCACGGAAACAAAAUACCGCGUGCGAUGCAUGCAGAACUCGGAAAGUAAAGUGCAACCAGAUUGCUGGUUCAGAAAAGGGCGCGUACAGCAUUGCUUGGCCAAGAAUUACCCCUGCACACAUCACAUUCAACAAGCUACCUCUGAGAAGAAACGUAGCGCGACUCAAAAACGUGUCCGCACUCAGAGUACUCAGAGUACUCCGGGGUAAAUAUUCCCUUUAUCUCUCAGCCAAUUACCAAUUCGUAAUCUCGUUCAGGUCAUCUUCUGUCGGCCCAAUUCGCAGCGAUAAUGCACCUCGUCCACUUCCCUAUCCUAUAGCAACUCAGUUACCACCGGCACCAACACAACCUCAACCGUCUCGAGUCGGGGCUCAGACAUCAACAAAGGACCUUCUUGCUUAUCUCUUUUCCCCACCGGAUCCGAGGUCGAAUUCCACGGGAUCCAAUCCGUAUGCGGAAUGGGGCGAGAUGGCCUAUCAACUUGACGGGGAGAAUUGGAGAAACGAAUUUGCUCUGGACCUCAUUGAGGUCUUCUUCCAAAUUGUUCAUUUGCGGUUACCCCUAUUGAACCCCGCACAAUUCCGCGUCCGUUUUCAGGCCAGUCUCCGUUCUUCUACACCACCUCCGAGUACUCCUACGAUAGACCUCAAGGUUCGAAGGAGUAACUCUCCACAAACCCAUUCUCAAAGCGGAAGCAAUCACAAUAGUCCCAAAAGUGCACACCUACUUCCACACUCGGACUGCCAACCAAUUGAUAAUGCACUUGUGGCAACUGUCAUUGCAUGGGGAGCGAAAUUCUCAGAGCACCCACUCCUCUUGGCCGACAGGAACCGCAAUGGUGGCCAGAGCCUCUUGGGCAAGACCCUUAUUGAUCGAACUCGCUCCUUGGCGGAGGAUCUGAAAGUUCACAGAGUGCCAACUGCGGACCACGUCGUCACAGCACUUCUGAUCGAACCGCUUCAAAGCCAGAACCCUGAAGAGACACAAGGGUACCAUGGAUUUUGGCUCACGUCGGCUAUUCGAUUGCUACUUGAUCUUGGGAUUAACCGAAAAUCUGUCACCACGAGUAUCGAGGAUUACGAUAUACAAGGUACUAUGGUGUUCGCAUGGUGGAUGGCCUGUCUGGCCGAUGCCUAUCGUAGCGUCUACUACAGACGUAAGCCGUUACUUGAUGAUGAUGAUUAUGACAUCGACUUCUAUACCGCGGAGAAGACGAUGCCGGCCGAGCACAUUAAUACUGAUACCUCGCAAGUCUCUCCGCGGGAGCAACUUCAGUUCUUGGGAUAUUACCGUGCUGCACAUGCACUCGCAAGGAUUUGCCGCCAGAUGUCAAGACAUCUAUGGAGACCAGCGACAGAAUCGGAUGGUGUACCGCUAAGCACCGUAUGGGGAUUCAUGAACUCGUUGAAUCAGUGGAAGGAUGAGUAUUAUGCCAAAGUUGGCGUGCCACCUAACUUCCCGUCAAAUUGGGAUUUCAUUAGCUGUGUCACUGCCUGCGCCAGCGAUGUCACGUAUCAUAUUCAGUGGAUCGUUCUCUUCUCCGCUGUAGACGAUUACGGUAUCCAGGAACAGAACGACUUAGUACGGACGGCCGAUUCUGGGGAUGCGAAUACUGCAAAACACGCUGAGAUUGAGGCUAUCAAGAAGAAACUGUACGACGACACCCUCUAUAGUGCUUGUCGUAUCGCUGGCCUUGCGGGUGUUCUGACCUCGCAUGGGUACAUGCGACUAGAUUCGGCCGUCAUGCAUGUCAGUUGCAUUCAUGCCGGAUUCUUCCUCGCGAAACUCGGUCGCCCAGAAGUUCAAAACUGUAUCGCAGCGUUGCAACAAUACAGUCAUGCAUAUGAAGAAAUGACUGAGCGUGCUGCAGAUAUCAAACGGGUUUACGAUGCUGCUGUCAGCGGGGAAUUCGAUUUCACUCAUAUGGCUUCGGUCGUACCGAGAUCUGGGUUUCAUACAGACUCCAUGAUGGGCGGCCACCAUGAUCAUCAUCAUGCGUCCCAUUUGCCGCAUUCACCGCUGCAUCAUCAAUCAGUUAGUCCGCAGUUACAGUUCGGUAUUCCCGGGGUUCAACAGGCCUUUUACGACCAACCUGGGCAGUACCAAGUCUGAUGUGCUUUAGAUCCUGUCCUUGGCUUCUUGGCGGUGCUACUUCGUGUUUUGGAGUUCCUUUUUUCUUCUUUUGAUCAUUUGGAGCGGACUUUGUUGUACUCUUCUAUAGGGCUGGAGCCUUCUGAGUGAGAUGUGAGAUAGACUUUCUCUCUAGCUAGCUUCGUAGAACGUUUUGCAUCCCCUGAUAUUUAAGUUUUGCUUUGUUGUUUCUUGUAGGCUUCGUCUGUGCUUCUGUACCAUUCAGAUAAGUAGUAUGACCGUCGUAAUGCGCGCGACUGAGACAAUGCGGCGCGCCCGAUAAAUUCCACACUAGUUCGAGGGU